AUGAAUACUGAAAAAGAAAUCAAAAGAAGAAAAACUACAACUGUUUCACAACACGAAGUUGCAUAUGACAAAUGGAAGGAACAAAGUAUUGAUAAUUUUUAUAAUGAACAUCAGAAAAUUAUCAUGGAAAGAGAUAAUACAAAAAAAAGAAAAAUAUGCAGAUACUUCAAUCAUAAAGUAGAUGAUACAAAAGAAGAGUUUAUGGAAGUAAAAGUAAUAGAAUUAAACGAUGAGAGAGAUCCUAAAGAAGCAUGGGAGCAAAUUGAGCAACAUAUAAAUAGCAAAAUAUGCCAAUAUCACUAUUUUAAAUGUAAGAGAACUCUUAGUAUUUAUUCAAAAGAAAAAAGAGAAAAGAAGAAAGAUAAUAUAUUUCCGUGAAGAUAAGGAUAAAUUGAAGUACGUAUGAUGGUAUUAGAGGAAUUCCAAAAAGAGAAGUGGAAAUUGAAUAGAAGAAUUUCUAAAAUUUGUAUGGAAGAAUUUAAAGAAGGCAUGCAUUUGGAUUUAAUUAAUAAGCACUUAAUUAUGGAAACAGAUCAAGAAAAAAUUACUAGUAUUUUUUUAGAACGAAAGCCCCUAUGGAAAUGGACAGAAAUGAAUGAUAAGUGGAUAGAGAAAAGGAAAAAGGAACAAUGAUUUAAAAUUUUAAAGAAAGAAUGGAAAAAAGAGGUAAAUAAAUAUGUAGAAUUAAUAGAAAAAGAAGAGAUGAUAAAAGGCACAAAAAAGGGAACAAUUAACCUUAUGCUAGAGAGACAAAAAAUAAUAUGGAAGAAAUGGAUACAAAAGCAAAGUAAGUCGCAUACCCUUGAUAAAGAACUGUUAGAACAAUUGUUGAUAGAAUAUGAAACAAAAAAAGAAACGAAAAAAAAUAUAAAAACAAUAGAGAAAAUGAAAACAAAGAUAGAGAAGAAAAAUAAAGCAGAUAAGGAUUCAAACAAAGAUAAAUUAAUAUCGAAAUUAGGAAUAGAAAUACAUAUGAUAGCAUUAGACGAAUGUAAAAAAAGGAAUGAAUAA